AUGAUCUGCAGGAUGCUGCUGCUCCUCAUCCUCAUCUCAUCUGUCUGUGCAGCAACAUUUGUAGUGAAUGUGACACAGAGCUCCUAUCAGGCAGAGGAGAACCACAACAUCACUCUGGAGUGGACCUUCACCACCAAACCUGACGUCUCCUGGAGGUUCCUGUUUAUCAUCUGUAACCUGAUAACUGAUCACAGAGUCUUCACCCUGUAUCAUGUCCAUGAUGGAGUUGAGGUACCAGAGUCUCAGGAUGGACAGUUUGCAGGACGAGUCCAGAGUGACAAAGACGUCCUCAGAGAAGGACGAAUCAGACUUCAUGUGUCCAGACUCAGAACUAAUGAUUCUGGUCUGUAUGUGUGUGAUGUGAAGACAGAUUACGGCUUCAGCUCUGAAAAAUGUCAACUGAACGUUAGCGCAGCUGCUGGUCAGGAUCAACUUCAGAGACCAACUGAGAAUCAACAACCAGACAAUCGAGGAAGAAUCGGCCUCGUUGCUGCACUGGGACUGAUAGCAGCAGCAGCAGCAGCAGCAGCUCUGAUGAUCAAACUCAUCUCAAUCAUUCAUUUUAUUAAAUCUACUGAGAAGAUGACAAACUUCAGAUCAGCUGUUAAACAGACACCUGAAGGUCCAUGAUGCUGAUUUUCAUCCUGACAGACCUCUGACCUUUUCUCUUUUCUAUCUUCACCCACUGAGACAAGCAACCAGGAUGAGAGACAGAGAGAUGACCCACAUCUGAUUAGAGACUGAGGAACUCGUGGCCUCUUCUCCACUGAUGUAUAAAUGUAAAAAUAUUUGUAAAAGGUGGAAAAAGAAGAACCAUCAUCCCUGAGACUGCUGCAGGGUUUUAACUCAAGAUGGGAACAAACUUGUCUUGGUGCCUCAUGUGGUUUCAGCAGAGCAGAUAUGGAUUUUAGACCAGAACCAUUCAGUGUCUUGUACAGCAGCAUGUGUCUAAAUGACUCUCCCCUUUUUCCUCCUUUGUUUACAA